CAUGUGAAACAGAGGAUAAGUAUGAAAGUAAGAACUAAGAAGCUUUGGUUCAUCCGCCUGCCAACUGCCCUUUCCCGUUCCUUUCUUUCUUUAAAUUCGUGAAAACGAAAGCGAGAAAGAAAGGAGAAGUCCAAUCAUGGCGGCUUCAUAUUUUUCUCUGUGUUAGGUUCAGCAUUAAUGAUUUCUCUUUUCUUGCUUUCCCAUGUUCUUAUAUAAACUAUAUAUGUUAGAUUAUUUAAGAGGAUCAUGAAUUUGAGCAACUGGGUAUCUCUGGGUUUUCUUGUUAUUGCCGUCUUCCUUUUCUACACCUACCAAUCUGAUCUGCCUUCCUUCUCCACUGUGAUAAACAUGGCUGCUCAACAAGAAGACUCUUCUUCUUCAUCAUCCAGCUCCAUCUAUGACUUCACAGUCAAGGACAUCAAAGGGAGUGAUGUGAGUCUUAGUGAAUAUAAGGGAAAGGUUCUUCUCAUUGUCAAUGUUGCUUCCAAAUGUGGAUUGACACAAUCAAACUACAAGGAGUUGAAUGUGUUGUACCAGAAGUACAAAGACCAAGGGCUUGAGAUCUUGGCCUUCCCAUGCAACCAGUUUGCUGGACAAGAACCAGGGAGCAAUGAGCAGAUUCAGGAAACUGUCUGCACCAUUUUCAAAGCCGAGUUCCCCGUCUUUGAUAAGGUUGAUGUGAACGGGAAGAACACAGCACCAUUGUACAAGUUCCUGAAAGCAGAGAAAGGAGGGUUUCUGGGAGAUGGCAUCAAAUGGAACUUCACCAAGUUCUUGGUGAACAAACAAGGCAAAGUCGUGGAGCGCUAUUCUCCCACCACAUCACCUCUCAAGAUUGAGAAAGAUAUAACCAACUUGUUGGAAUCUUCUUAAACAAGAUGCAAUUUGGUUUAGGUAUAGAUCCAAUCGCGUUCGUCACUGCUGUUUCUGUUCGCUGCGAUUCGCGAGUCUGAUGUGGAUCGAAUCAUUGCUUGCUCCAGUUAAAAGAGCCAGCAGCAAGGCAGAGGUUGUGUAAUAUGAUUCCCUUGAACAUGAAUUGCCCUAAUAAAUCAAACAAUGUUCUCCUUUUUGCUGUCUUUUUCCUUCUUUGGGGAAAAGGUUCUGGUGGCACUGGUUUUUAAUCAGCCUUUCUAAUGGCAGCUCAUUGCUGAACUGUCAUGACACAGAUAGAUGCUUCAAAGAUAUUCCUUUGCAUCUGAAUUUAUAUGUUUUAUCAUUCUGUUAUGUGUUGUCAUAUUAAGCCAAGUAUCUAUUUGCUUUUACGUGCCAGAAAUUAUAUUCUGAUUGUUGCC